AUGGAGAGCUUGUCAAGGAGCAAUAGCAAAGGUGGCCAGCCUCAUGUGUUAGUUCCAUUGAAGCAAAGGCGGAGUGGAUACGAGCCAUCAGAUACAGAGACUGAGUGGCAAGAAAGUCCCUGGCAUGAUCAUAAUAACCGAAACAACGGGACAUCGGAUCUUGUCGAAGCGGAUAACAUUAAGUCCAAUUUGCCGAGAAACCUUAGCCCUUUGAAACUGAGCCGAAGACAGAUUCCGAAGGUUGAUUAUGAUAAAGGGUCUCCUCCUAGAACUAAUCCACUUCUAAGGAGACAUGGAAGCAGCAAGUCUCCUUACAAGACACGAAGGGAUGAUGGUCGGAACAUAAGCCCCUUGCCGAAACCCGAGCAUCGGCGGCAUGUCUCUCCUUAUAAACAGGGAAGAGUGGAGCAUACAUUGAAUGAUGGCACGGGAAAUGGUGAGAUUGCUGGCUUAAACAUGAAGCAAAGUUGUAGAUCUCCUACAAGAGAUGAAAUAAAAACAAUCAGCCAGCUUAUCGAGGGUGGUAGAGGGAGUGCAAAAUCAAACUAUCGUCGAUCAGUGACUGCACCACCAAGACAAAGAGGGGAGAGGACACCGUCACCAAUCGGAAGGAACACGUUUCGUAAGCAAAGAGAAGCUUCCCUUGGGAAACAACAAUCAGUAGGUGAAAUCAAUGAAAUGGUUGCAAAUGCAAAGAUUCCUAAAAGUCCUGCAUAUAAUGAUGCCAUUCUCGAAAGCACAGAGUCCAUUUCACCCGGUGAUAUCUUCUUUUCUCGUGAUGCUGCAGCCUUGGCAAUGCAGAAGAAAGGCUUGCCAAACAAUGGUGGCUUCGGAAACCAUGUUGUCCCCAAGCCACCAUUGUUGCCCCGAAAAGACCCCACUUCCCAUCAACGAAAAAUGGCUAACCGAAACAUUGAUCCAAAAGCUCGAUCAAACACUGGUUUAUCAAGAACAACUAUGACUCCAAGUUCAGCUACUAGCAGACAGAGUAGUUUAAACUCCAAGCUUAGUGAUACUAGUGGGAGUAGUUUAAACUCGGAGAAGUUCGCAGCCAAUAGACGAAAGAGCCAAAAUGAAACCUGGUUUGGAUGUGUAAUGAGGAGAGGAUCCUGCAGGACCUCAAAAAAAUCACCCGAAAGAGAAACACAAUCCUUCGAUGAGGCCUCGUUCAUUGGGAAGGCAUUUGUUGUCGAAAAACUGAGGCAGUUUUGGGCCGAUAAAUACCAACCAGCUUCCUUGAACGGAUUCACCUGUCACAAACAAGAAGCUCAGCUUCUGAAGCAACUAGCAUCCCAUGAGAAUUGUCCUCAUAUACUGUUCAAAGGACCAUCUGGUUCAGGGAAAAAAGCACUAACAAUGGCUUCCCUGCGCGAAAUGUAUGGUGACCCUAGCUGGAAUGUAUCUCAUGAAUUAAGGCAAUUCCAGGUUCAGGAAAAAAAGCCAAAGCAAGUUCACGUUCCAAUUGCUUCAAGUGCUCAUCAUGUUGAGCUUAAUGUACACUUGGAAACAAAUGCGAAAUAUGCAUUAAUGGGAUUAGUUAAGGAAAUAAGCACCAAUUUUACCACUAUCCCAGAAGUCAGCAAUGAUUAUUUCAAGAUAAACUACAAAGUUUUAGUUCUUUAUGAUGUUGACAAGGCACCAGAGAAUAUUCAUCACUUGAUAAAAUGGAUCAUGGACUGUCAUUCGGAUUCAUGUAAAUUCAUAAUCUGCUGUGAAGAUGACAUAAGUAUCCUAGAAUCAGUAAAGAGUCGCUGCAAAGUUAUAAAAGUAGAUGCCCCGGCAACACAUGAAGUCAUGGACGUACUUAUCCAAAUUGCAAGGAAAGAAGACUUUGAACUACAUACGAACUUUGCUGCAAAGAUUGCUGCCAAGUCAAAGCAAAACCUGAGGAAAGCAAUCAUGGCACUUGAAGCCUGCAAAGCACACAACUAUCCUUUUGCUGAUGACCAACCUAUUCCACUCGGAUGGGAAGAGGUCUUGACAGAACUCGCAACUGAAAUCCUGGCCGAUCCAUCGCAUAAAAGGUUACCUUUUGUAAGGCUUAAGCUUCAAAAGCUUCUUGGGGAUUUUGUUCAUCCUAAACUGGUCCUCCAGAAGCUGGUAGAAGAGUUUCUCAAGAAAGUUGAAGUUGGUUUAAAAAGGGAACUUUAUUACUGGCAUGGUUACUAUGAAAAGAGACUCCCAACAGGAACAAGUGCUUUGUUGAAACUAGAAGAGUUUGUGGCCAAGUUUAUAGGCAUAUAUAGGAAGAGUUCUGGUAAUAAUCAGUUUGUGUAA